UUGAACUAUUGGACAAUGUUGCAAUGAAACGACUGGAAAAAAAGCUAGCAAGACGAGGAGAUUUCUGCCACAUUUUUUUCUCUCUUCUCUUCUUUGGACUAGUAAGGAUUAUUACUGCAUAGACAAGCAUUUUGAAGCCUGUCGUGCUAGCUCAGCUUGCUAGCUGCUCACAAAGAGACCCGGAUGUGAUCAACACAUCGCUAAGCAGAGAUCAAGUGUGAGUGUAAAGUGUUGUGAUUGUGUGAAAAUGUGUAAAGUACAAAUGCUGAGAGCGUUGGUGAAUGAGCGACUAACUGCGGCUGUUGAAGAAAUAUUUGUAGUGUUGGAAAGAACGAUAGCAGAGUACGAGGAAGAACUUUCUAGAACAAAAGAGGAGAACGAGCGACAACGUCAACUGCUGGACGCUGCUUUCAGGAAGCCUCAAGUUGAACUAGACAGAGCAGACAUCAGUGAAGGACAUCUUCCCCCUGAGCAGCAGGAUUGGAGCUCCAGGAUGGAGCAGGAGGAGCCACAGCCCCUCAACAUUAAAGAUGAAAAGGGGGAGCCACAGCCCCUUAACAUUAAAAAAGAAGAGGAGGAUCACAGCAUCAGUCAGCAGGGAGAGCAUCUUGAAGGACUGAAGGAGUUCCCAGUGAUUGCCGUUAUUAUAAAGACUGAAUAUGAUGAAGGCAAAGGUGACAGUGAGGAGAAAAUAGAGGUGGAGCCUCAAAGCAGCAGCUCAACUCAACACAUGACAACAGAAGCUGAUGGAGACCACUGUGGAGGAUCACAAGCAGACAACCUCUUAGCUCCACUAUCAGAUAGUGACGACACAACGUCACACUCUCCUGACGCUGAUGAUGAAAACUCUAAAGCUGAUAUGACAUGUCACACUGACAAUAAACUCUUUAAAUGCUCUCAGUGUGACAAAGCUUUUAACGACCGUAGUAAUAUGUACAGACACAUGCGAACGCACACAGGAGAAAAACCAUUCACAUGCUCAGUUUGUGGUAAAAGAUUCUCCCAGAAGGCAUAUUUGACAGCACACUCAAGAACGCACACCGGAGGGAAACCUUUCACCUGCUUGGUUUGUUGUCAAAGCUUCUCCCAAAAGUCAUCUUUGAUCAUGCACACAAGAACGCACACCGGUGAGAAACCUUUUUCCUGCUCAGUGUGCGGCAAAAGAUUCAAUCAUAGGUCGACUCAGUUGAGGCACACGAGAACACACUCAGAAGAAAAACCGUACGCCUGCUCAGUUUGUCAUAAAAAUUUCUCUCAAAAUGAAUAUUUGAAAGCACACAAAAGGACACACACGGGAGAGAGGCCGCAUCCUUGCUCGGUCUGCCAUAGACAUUUUUGCGACCGUUCAGCAUUGCGUAAACACAUGAAAAGACACGCCAGCGUCAAUGUUCAGUAAAAUAAUAUUGAUGAAGUACAAUGAAGUCUUCUCUGAACAGUAGAUUGUGAUACGUUCACUCUUGCCCUCUUCAGGUUGUUUCUGAUGUCACUAACUUUUCGUUCAUGAUCUUUCUCUACAGCUCUCACAAUGUUUCUGUCAUCGCCUGCGGAUGGUUUCCUUGUUACCUGUUUGAUGUCUGUACUUAGUAAAACAGUGCUUUCUUUCUUCUUCAUAGAUAUUCCAUGUGGUUGCAGUGGCUACAGCAUCAAUGUUUGUGCAAUGCAUCUGACUAAUUGUCCAUAUUUUUUUCAGAUUCACAGUUGCUUGUUUUUCCACCCAUAAACAGCUCUCUGGUUUUCAUGUUGUUUUCACCUCUAAAUUCAUUCUACACAGGCAAAAUCUUUUCUGAAACUAUGAGUGCAGAAUGUGCAAUAGUUGGGUUAAUAAUUGUAAAAACGAAUAACUAAAUACAUAUUAAUAUUUGUCAAUUGGACUGUAUUAUUCAUGUAUAUUCUGUAUGAAACAAAUCGUUUCUUUGAGUAAGCUUCUCUGAAUUUACAUAUUUCCUGAUUUAAAAAAGCAAAAUGAUAAAAAAAAAAAGAAGAUUAAAACAGUGCAAAAUUUGAAUACAAUUAUGUCCAAAAUAUUUUAACGUCAUGCAGCUCGGGCUGGAAGAGGAAAGGAGACUUAAUUUGAGGCAAAGAACAAA